AAUCCGUCCAAAGUUCACUGUGUUGCAACAUGACGCCUGGUGGAGAUAUACCGCCAUCUGACGGCUCAAACGUUCAGCCUGACAGUCAGGACAGGACAGGACAGUCAGGACAGGACGCUGAUGCGUUCAAAUACAACGAGGUGCAUCUCCUCAACAAAACUAUAUAUUGAUACACGUGUCUGAUAAAAUACAGCAGUAAGUCAGUUUACUUCAUUUAGCUGGUAGGUAUUGAACCUGAUGAAAUUCAUAAGAUUCUAGUAAGAAAUAAUGAUAAUUCAUUAAUUAAUAAUGAUACCUAUAGUUAUAUUAUUUUAGGACGCAUUUUUCGACCAUAAAGCACAUACGGCAGAGUUUUCAUCAACUUUUGUACUCUUCGGUGUGUUGAAUUAAGCGAAAAUCAAUCUGCGCACAUUUAGCGCAACACAGCUCUCUUAAACACACUGUCGAAGCUACUUCCGGUUAGCAACCAAUCCGCGAUGCUUCUGGUUUCCAUGGAACUGCUGGUGACAACAGACGCUGCCUUCUACUCGCAGAACUAGCGAACUAUUCCUAUCUAUUAGCCUACUGUAGUCUAUAGCAUUAGUCACCAGGAGGUCGGCUGGGUGGAUUUCUUUGGUUUCUUUGCAGGUUGGGUUUCUUGUUAGUCGACGUCAAAGAGCUAAACUAAGAUCAGAUAGUUAGCUCAACGGUAGGGAGGACUCGUUCAUUCAGUGCCUCUUAUUUAACGGUAUCGUUGAAGAUGAGCGAACAGCUGAAAUUGAUCGUUGAACAGCUCAACAAGGAGCCGUUCAGGAGAAACUUUAACCUCAUCACGUUUGACUCCCUGGAGCCCAUGCAGCUGCUGCAGAUGUUGAAUGAUGUUCUGGCUGAAAUAGACCCAAAGCAAGCUCUAGACAUCCGAGAAGAAAUGCCUGAACAAACCAUAAAGAGGAUGUGUGCUUUGCUGGGGAUGCUGAAGUACAAACCUCCUGGCAACCUCUCUGAUGUGAGUAGCUUCAGACAAGGCCUGGUGGCUGGCAGUAAGCCGGUGCUCCACCCCAUCCUCCACUGGCUGCUCCAGAGGCUCCCUGAGCUGAAGAAAAGGGCUUAUCUAGCUCGCUUUCUAGUCAAACUGGAGGUGCCUGCAGAGUUUCUGCAGGAUGAUGUUAUCAAUGACACCUUGCAACAGUAUGAAGAGCUGGUGGAAGGUUUUAAGACGUAUCACAAGGAGUGUGAGCUGCUGAGGACUUCAGGCUUCUCCACAGCAGAAAUCAGAAGGGACAUUAGUGCGAUGGAGGAAGAGAAAGACCAACUCAUCAAACGUGUGGAGAGGCUGAAGAAGAGGGUGGAGUCAGUGUCCAACCAUCAGCGGAUGCUGGAACAGGCCAGACAGCUGCGAGUGGAGAAGGAGAGAGAGGAGUCACUUACUCACCAGAAGCAGGAACAGAAGAACCAACUGUUCCAGGCAGAGCAGAGACUGCAGAGAUCGCAGCAGCAGUUGAAGGAUUUGCGACAGGCAGCAGCAGAUGCUGAUCCAGAGGGCUUGAUGAAGAGGCUUGAAGAGGAGAUCAAGAUCAACACCUAUAUGGUCUCUGAGAAACUCCCCAAAGAGCUGGAGGGUAUGAGGCGUACCGUGCGGUACCUGCAGAAAACAGCAUCAGAGCCUGCCAUGGGCCAGGCCGAUCUGCAGGAGCUGGAGGACAAGAUUAAAGAAGUUGAUUGUCAGAUAAACCAGCUGAUUGAGAAGAGGAUGAUGAGGAAUGACCCUAUGGAUGACAAACUGACCCUUUACAGACAACAGGCCUCCAUCAUCAUUCGAAGGAAGGAGUCGAAGGCGGAGGAGCUUCAGGAAGCGAGGGAGGAGCUGGCUGCAGCAGAGAGGGAGCUGAGGCAGAGGAGCAGCCAGGCACAAGCCUCGGAUGGGGGAGAGGUCAUCCGGGCCGAUGAGCUGAAACGUUUGGUGGUGAAAUUGCGCAGCAAGGGAACAGUUCACAAGAAGCAACGUCAGGAAAUUGCUGAGCUGAAAGCAGAAUAUGGAGUUCUGCAACGAACAGAGGAGAUUCUCAAGCAGAGACAUGAGACCGUCCAACAGAAACUGCAAACUGUGGAAGCUGAGAAGGGCAUCUCUGGCUACAGCGACACUCAGGAAGAGCUGGAGAGGGUGUCGGCCAUCAAGAGCGAGCUGGACGAAAAGAAGGGCCGCACACUGGAUGACAUGUCUGAAAUGGUGAAGAAAUUAAACUGUAUGAUAGUGGAGAAGAAGUCGGCUCUAGCACCCAUUAUAAAAGAACUGAGGUCACUGAGGCAGCGAUGUCAGGAACUAAGCCAGGAAUAUGAGGAGAAGAAGGCGCAGUAUGAAAGUUGUACUGCUGGUUUGGAGAGCAACAGAUCUAAACUGGAGCAGGAGGUGAAAGCAUUGAGAGAGGAGACAGCACAGGAGGAAAACCAAUAUCAUUAUAUCAACUCCAUGUCAGAGAUCACUGAGAUGCAAAUCCAGCGGGCGGCUGAAGAGAUGAAGGCCUAUGUGUCCUCUGAUCCACAAGAGAGGAAGAAGGCCAUCAGGGAAGUGUACAUGAAGAGCAUUUCAGAACAGGAGUUACUUGGCAAGAAGUUACGUGAGAAGCAGAAGAUGGUGAGGGAGAGCCACGGCGCCAACAUGGAGCAGAUGAAGAUGUGGCGUGACCUGGAGCAGCUGAUGGAGUGCAAGAGGCAGUGCUUCAUAAGAGCUCAGAGCCAGGCGUCUAUUGGUCAGGUGAUCCAGGAGGGAGGAGAGGAUAGGCUGGUGCUGUGAGGACUCGUAGAAGCAGGGUCAACUGCAGGUCACCCACAGUACUCUGACUACACACAAGUUCAACUUAAUACUCUCCAUCUUUUUACACUUCUAGUUAUUCUAAGUUACUGGACACCACAGCACCAGGUUGGUUUUGUUGUUCGUGGGGUUGAAAGGGAUCUUUUGUAAGAAGCACACCAGAACACAUGUGUCUGGAGGUGUUGCAGGACCUCUGGCCCCUGGACGCUCCAUUUAUUUCUCUUUUGCCACAUCUUUCAACAAUACGCUUCCAAUCAAAGUAUUGGCAGAUAACAGCAGACAAAGCGGUACACUCGGGAGGUGGCUGCGGUCAACUAUUUUUGGCAUCAACCACCAUGACCUUGGACAGGGGAAUUCACUGGGACCUCCAUUGCUUUGGACAGUGCAAAUGAAAUAUUUGAAGAUAAGCUUUGAUAUUUAAGAAAUACAUUGUUAAAUAUUUGGGUUUUCUAUGUAUUUCUAUUAAAUGUAUUUCAUAUUAA